AGGACUCAGGGGUUGUCCAACUUUAAACUGCGUCAGCCUUAACUUUUGGUAACCAGGCACAGUUUUCCCUGAUAAUAUUUUAUAUCGUAAGGCUUUUUGGGUCAUUAAUCGAGUCCCUAAAAGUUGUUUAUGGAAUUGAGUAACUUUCGAAGAGUUUUUGAGAGCAUUGAGUUAAGAAACCUUUCUUUGGGUACAGAGGGAAGCUGCUCUGGGUGAUUUUUCACUCUCAUUCACUGACAGAGUUAAGGAUAUCUAGGGGAGCCCCAUCAUGUGGACAGACAAACAAAGAGGACUUCGCGUUUCUCAGGAUGAGCUGCUGUGUAAGAACGCCUGUGGGUAUUAUGGGAACCCAGCAUGGAAAGGCUUCUGCUCCAAAUGCUGGAGAGAAAGAUCCCGCCCCCCUGGGCCACAACGACAAGACAUAAGACCCAGCAGUGACGGUGCUCCUCCCACGUUCUCCAAAUUUGAGGAGAAGAAAUGCAUCGAAAAGGGUCGUCGAAUAAACACAGUGAGGAGGCUUUUCUGGGGAAGCUCAUCACCUCCGAAACCUCAAGAAACUUCCGAAAGCCACACAAAGAUGUUAAAAGCUUUUGAAAGCCUUGAGCCUGGAGACUUCCCCGGCUUUCUGAAGAUACUGCGGAGUCCAUCUUCUCAGCGACUCCAGUCCCGCUGUACAGCUUUCCUCAACACAAUGGAGGCUUAUCAUGAUCUGCCGAUACAGAAACAGUCGGAUCUUGUUCAGGAUUUCUAUCAGUCUUUUGCUGAAUGUUUUAGAAGUUUUCCUGAGGCGCAGGUCACUCAGAUAAUGGAGCACGUUGAGAAGCUUAUAAUGACUCGGCUGCACAAAUGGGUUUUCUGUCAUGACAGCUGUGAUGAUGAACAGAAGGAUCUGGCUCUUCAGAGGCGAAUACGCUCCUUAAAUUGGGUCACUCCACAGAUGCUGAGUGUGCCUUUUCCAGAUGAAAACACUCCUGUCUCAGGCGACCCUUUCCUUCCUGCCAUAACAGCUAUAAUAGAGAUGGAUGCCAAACGAGCGCCGCAGGACAAACUUGCCUGUGUCUCCAAAUGCAGCCAGCACAUCUUUGAAGCCCUCUCCACUUCCAACAAUGAGCCUGCCAACGCUGAUGACUUCCUGACCAGCCUGGUGUAUGUGGCGCUGAAAGCCAAUCCGCCUCGUCUCCACUCUAACAUGCAGUAUAUGAUUCGUUUCGGCCUCCCCCACAGCCUCAUGGCUGGAGAGAGCGGAUACUAUUUCACAAACUUGUCCUGUGCGGUGGCCUUCAUUGAGAAGCUGGAUGGACCGGCGCUUAACCUCAGUCCAGAGGAAUUCGAAGGCUACAUGCAAGGUCAGCGUGCUCCUGCUGCGUUAACCAAGAGGCAGCAGAUGAUGGGUGACACUCAGAAGCUGUUAGAGGAGCUCCAAGGAAGGCAAGAGAAGCUUCACCAAGGUGUGGAUGCUCUAAGCAUGCAGCUGCAGAAGUGGGUCCAAGUAGUUAAUUCACAGCUAGAUGAAGCGACAAGUGGUUUCGAUAAGGUUCAGAAGGAGAUAACGGCUCAGGCUGAGGCCUCUCAGGAUGGAUCCCAGCAAAUGGCAGAGGAGCAGCAGCCUGGGUUUCUGCCUAGUGAUGACUGAAGCUCCAUCUGGUAGUGCAGGUAUCAGAAACCCCAGGUGUGGUACUUAAUGAUCAGCACUAACAGAAGUGGGGAAAUAACAAGACCUGCCAUUCCACUGACAGAUUUGCACAAGUUUCAAAAGAAAAAGAAGUGAAAAAUGAAGGAAAAAACUCUUGAAGGAAGGGGGCGGGGGGGUUGCAUGUUUCUUUUGAGGCAUCUGAAGGGCAUAAAUAACUUUAUCAAAUUAUAAUAGCUUUUUUUGUGAUGGUUGAGGAGAAAUAAAGAGUAAAUGCACUUCUUCAACAACACUUACAGGUUUGAAGCACAACAUGACAUUCCCUAACAUUGGAUACCUCUGACUUUAUGGUGACAGGUCAAAUGUGAACGAUUAUCACUACAAGUUUACAAGGGGCUGUUUGUGAGAAGAAAAGAAAAACUUUUUCAGAGUUUUUUAAGUCUUAACUUAAAAAAAAAAAAAGUCUUCUUUACAAUAUUGUCUAACAUGUUUUCGGCUGUGAUAGGUUUACGGUUGAAUGAUUUAUGAAGAAAGUUAAAAAGUUAUAUUUUUGUUUGGUAACUAAUCAAAUUAUUAAAGCUGAACUAUUUGUAACUGA